AUGAAACAAUGGACGACUUUGAUGGACGGCAUCCACAGCCUCCAGCUGAACACAGUACCACAACCAAACGAAAUCAAAGACGACGAAGUCCUCGUUAAAAUUGAUCGCAUAGCUUUGAAUCAUCGCGAUGCAAAGAUAAUAAAUGGCGAUUUCAAUGACUCCUAUCCAACUCCAUCACAACCCUUAAUUCCAGCUUCCGAUGCUAGUGGCACAAUAGUGAAAGUUGGCGACUCCAUCACCGCCGCCGGAAAAUGGAAAAGGGGGGAUCGAGUCUUGAGUUUGAUGCGACCUACGCAUUUGACAGGGCCAACAACUCCCGAGCAUGCAGCUUCAGGAAUCGGGAUACCGGGAUCCGGUGUCCUGACAGAGUACCGCGUCUUUUCGGCAGAUGGGAUUGUUGCUAUUCCCGAUUAUAUGUCUCUCGAAGAAGCUUGUACUUUGCCUACCGCGGCGACUACAGCGUGGAUGGCAUUGAACUGGGAUCGGGAGAUUGGGAGACCACGGCGAGGUAAGGAUGUGGUUGUUUUGUUGCUUGGGACAGGAGGAGUGUCGAUUGCUGGGUUGCAGCAGGCUAAGGCAUUGGGAUUAACUGUUAUAAUCACGUCGUCCUCGGCUGCAAAGCUAGAACGUGCCCGUGAACUCGGCGCAAACCAUACAAUCAAUUAUAAAACCACACCGGAUUGGGCCGCCGAAGUACUACGCAUCACAGCCGGAAGGGGCGCAGACAUCAUAUUUGAGACUGGCGGUCCUGCGACAAUGGAGCAGAGUAUACGAUGCGUGGCAGCAGGGGGGAACAUUAACGCAAUUGGUGUGCUAUCGGGGACUACUGAUCAAGGAAAAGGUGCAGGUCAAGCUAUAGCCCUGAGCUUAAUAAGAAAGAAUGCCACUCUUAAGGGGAUCAAUGUCGGGCCUAGAGAUAGGACUGAGGAGAUGAUCAAGACUGUAUAUGAGCCGUUUCAGGUUCAUCCUGUGAUUGACCGUGUGUUUGGAUUUAAUGAGGCAAGAGAGGCGUUGGACUACCUGUAUGGGGGCUCGCAUUUAGGAAAGGUGAUUAUACAGGUGGAUUGA